AUGACUGAAAGGAACGUAUCGGGUGUCGGUUCCGACAGGACUGCAUCUGCCAAGUCCAGGGCCGGUGACGCAGCAAAGGAUGCGCGCGCAAAGGAAUCGCACGCAUUAUCUGCUGCCAAGGCUGAGACACCCAGCUCUGGCAGUCAUUCCAGUCCCAAAAAGCGCCGCAAGGUCAAUCAUGGUGAGCUACCCACCGCACAAAGUCAAUGCGACAGGGAUCUGGGCGUUGCCCGCUUGCAUUCUGGUUCGCUUGGCGAUUUCAAAGUUGCGACUAAUGGAUCAUAUCAAUUCUAUAGCAUGCGUUUAUUGUCGCCGCUCGCUGACGAAGAAGGGUCCUCGAACAAUGAGCUGGGCAACGGUAUGCCUCAGAAUGUCGAUGUCUCGGAUGCUGCCGGUCAGCAAAUUCUCUCCGACGGUACGAUCGGGAUCGCACCAUCUUCGGUGCAGCCAGCAAACAUUUCUUCGUCUGGUCAAGGUCUGGAUGCCAAUUCCCAGCAGCUGAUGCCCUACAACGACUGGAUGGGUGGACAAAACCAGUUUCAAGAUAUGCACUCCCUUCACCCGUCGUACAUGUUCAAUGCGCCUGAAGUCACGAACGAGUACAAUCUGCUCGGGGACUUUUUGAGCAACAGUUUGCUAGAUGACGGAACGAUCUUUCAAAACCAGGACAACACUCAAGGGAUCUACUCCGAUCCUUCUUUGAUGAAUUCAAUGAACUCAAUGAACAUCCCGAACGGAUUGCCGCUGCAGACCCAGCUUCCACCUCCGGCAGUACCACAUGGUGACGCCAUUCAACGAUCCAACGCCCCUGCCGUGGUCAAUGACAAAGCCCGCGAGACAUACUAUAUGACAGCCGCCGAUCCUUCCGGAUCGGAUCCGCCAGAGGAGCGUAUGAAUAAACUCCUCAAAGCCAAGUAUGAUGCUGGCUUGCUCAAACCCUUUAAUUACGUCAAAGGCUAUGCUCGACUCAAUCAGUACAUGGAAAAGAACAUGCAACAAAUCUCUCGGCAAAAGAUUCUUCGACAGCUUGACAAGUUCCGGCCGAAGUUUCGAGAGCGCAUGCAGAGCUUGACAGAUAUUGAGUUGAUUCUGGUGGAAAUGUGGUUUGAACGAAGCCUCAUGGAGUAUGACCGCGUUUUUGCUAGUAUGGCUAUCCCAGCCUGCUGUUGGCGACGGACUGGUGAAAUUUUCCGUGGCAAUAACGAAAUGGCACAGUUGAUCGAUGUGCCGAUAGAGAGCCUGCGAGAUGGAAAACUUGCCAUUCACGAAAUCAUCGUUGAGGACCAGUUGGUCAGUUACUGGGAGAAAUUCGGUGCCAUCGCCUUCGACAACACCCAGAAAGCUAUGCUUACCAGCUGUACCUUGAAGAGCCCUACCGGGUCUGGCGAGGGAAUUCAAUGCUGCUUCUCCUUUACGAUCCGACGGGAUAACCACAAUAUUCCCUCCCUGAUCAUUGGAAACUUCCUUCCCACACAGCGAAUACACAAGUAG